GUCCCAUUUGACACUCCUUUGCGGGAGGUUUUCUUUUAAACAUUUUGUUUGGCUACCCAGAUGCGGUCACCUAGUAGACAGGACACUGGACCGCAAGUGCCAAGCAUUUCGUCUUCACCGCCACCAUCGGGUAGUGGUGAGUCAACGGGUUUGAGUCAAGGUCCUGAACCCAGCAAGGUCGACCAUGUCUGUUUCGUUGUCCAUGGGAUGGGCCGGCAACGGCGUUACGUUCAAAACCUCGAAUCCCUUCGUCGUGCAUGUAAGGAGGUCGUAAAAGAAGAGUUCCCACAUCGCCGCACGCAUGUAGCAUGGGUUCCAAUAGAAUGGCAUCAGGAACUGCAUCAGAUGGAUUCAGUUGACAGGCGUAUGAAGACUGUGACGCUUCCCACCUGCUCCAUUCUGCGAACCAUUAAUAAUGACAUUCUUGCCGACGUAUUGUACUACUUUUCGUCAUUUCACGGGCAAACGAUUCUAAAAAUUGUUGCAAAGCGGUUGAAUGAAGCUUAUACAAAGUUUUGCCAAGACCACCCAGAUUUUGAUGGUAAAGUCAUCCUGGUCGGACAUUCUCUCGGGGGCAUCAUUUGCUACGAUUUGCUUUCAAAUAUGGAGGACACGAAAGGGAGGGACGGGGUGGCUUCCAACGGGAACAGCCGAGAGCCGUCAAUGGAAAGACCGCCACCACCACCCGCCCGCCCUUAUUUUGCCAUUUCCUAUCCAAAGUUGGUAUUCCGACCCGCAGCCUUGUUUAGCUUGGGCUCUCCUGUACCUGCCACUCUGAUUAUGCGAGGGCAAUCAAUCCAUACGUACCGACCACCACCAGACAUUCUGUUUCACAAUAUAUUUCAUUUGUACGAUCCUCUGUCUUAUCGAAUCGAGCCGCUCUUAAAUUAUCAAUACGCAGAGAUUCCACCAGUCCUCCUGCAACGCCCAAGCGCACGAAAUUCAAAUUUCAACUACUAUAAAGAAUUGAUUUCAUCCUACCUCCCGGACCUUUCCUCCAUGGCAUCCUCCGUCCGCGUCCAACUACCUACCGUUCCGUCCUCGAUGGCUAUGCCCAUGAUGCCUGCAAUGCCAUCCAUGCCUCAGCUCCAGAUACCCAGUUUACCGCGGAGUAUGGGAGUGCCCAGUCUCUCCCAGUUCGCCGCACUGCGAGAGCAAAUGUUUGCCGUGAUGGAGAGCAUGUACAGUUCGGUUUGGGCUGGUGGAUUUGAUGAUGAAGAAGACGAAGAAGGCGGAGAGGAGCCCAGAGCAGCCGAUGACGGAAUUAAUGGUUGGGUGCCGAAUAAGAGAAUGCGUAUAAAGGGUGGAGCAGGAGAACCGGAGAAAGGACCAGAAUUGGAAAGCGAAGACGACUUGGUGACAUUGUGUGAAGCAACCGUUCCCGAUGAAAGUCGUCAGUCAGGGCAACGAGGCUCCAAACGGAAAAGAGCGUGUAGUGUCAGCAAUCACGACAAGUCUUCAAUUCAGCAGCCUGGUUCAAGCCAAAGUAUUGAGGGAGUAUGUACCAAUCGUCGAAUACGAAGACCCGUUUCGAAACUUUUGUCGCGUCGAGCAUCUGUAGACCUGACAUCUAUAGGUCGCGGUGAAUUUGUGGAGAGACACGCAGGUUACGAGCAGUCGUCAACUGUGGUUCAGACCACAACUGAGUCCGUUGCCUUUGAACGUGCUCGAUCGUCCUCGUAUACUGCAACCGUCACUGAAUCUAUGAGCGCCAUGGCGGAGGUAUUUAAGCGGAGUUUAUUUGAACCAGUCGUCAAGGCACUGGAAAUGAUUGCCGGCGGAGCGGAAGAUGAAGUAUAUCAGGGAGGCGAAAUAGAUACAAGCCAAGAUGAUCAGAAUCGGUUGGUUUCACGCUCAACUACGCCGGAUUUGGGCUCUGGAGAUCGAGUCGGGCAGGGAAGCUCUGCGGUACCGCGUACUUUGCAUGACCCAUCAAAUCAGGAACAAACGGUCCUGGAUGUGGGCGAGACGGUCAUGUCAGAAUUGCUUGGAAAAGACGAAGCAAAACGUCUUAUUCACCAAGACGCGGAGGCACGAUCAGGCGUGAAUACCACUCACAUUGAUGAUUCAGAAACGAGUGAAAACGCAUCAUUACCUGUUCCCGAGCCGCCAGCCGAGAGAUUGGAUUAUUACGUGCAGGAUAACAUCAUUGACAAUGUGGUUCAGCAGUAUCUAAUUGGGCUAAAAGCACAUUUUUCGUACUGGAGCAACAAGAACGUAAUGUACCACAUGAUAAAACAUAUUUUGGAAGAUGAUGGGCAAUCUCCUGUUGUCAAUAUGCCGACGGAAUCACCCCACAGUUUAUAGUUGUCAAUUUAUUCAUAUUUCCCUACCAUGAUAUAUGUAGUGCUUAGAGUGAGUGGUAGAAUCGCUGUGCCUAGUAUACCCAUUUGGAUUUCAUAAAGACAUUGCGUGGAAUACAGAGCGACUGCAAUGAUGGUGCGAUAUUGGACCGAAAAAAAAAGGGUUCGGGUGCCCCUUGAAGCCUGCACCGAGCGAGCGUCGAACCCUUGACGUG